AGAUAGAUAGAUAGAUAGAUAGAUAGAUAGAUAGAUAGAUAUAGACAUAGAUGAUAGAGAAUUUGCCAAUAUAUGACAUGAAGAAAUAGGGAUCCAGAACAACAUGAGGUAGAGGAGGAGGCCUUUCUUUCCUGAGAAGGGACCUGGAACUAGGGAAAGCAGCCUAAGUCUGAGCACUUGGAAAAGAAGGCAAGUUGCUCACCUCAGGAUCAGGAAGGAAUGUCCUUUGUACCUAUCCUCAGAAGGCUCUCAACAGAGUGACAAGGUUGGGUCAGAUUCCAGUGUGUGGGAGGGGUGGGGAACAGACAAGGGUGUUCAGUGGCUACCUGCAAGGGGAGGUAGUAAAAAGGCCUGCUUUAAGACAGAAACCUGCAUGAGGACACCAGCCCAGCCUGACAGAGUCCAGAAGCUAAGGGUCACUGCAGUGUCUCUGCCAGCCUCACCAUGAACCUGGAGCCACCCAAGGGUGAGAUUCGGUCAGCCACCCGGGUGAUAGGAGGACCAGUCACCCCCAGGAAAGGACCACCUAAGUUUAAGCAGCGGCAAACAAGGCAGUUCAAGAGCAAGCCCCCCAAGAAAGGCGUGCAAGGGUUUGGGGAUGACAUCCCUGGAAUGGAAGGCCUGGGGACAGAUAUCACCGUCAUCUGCCCUUGGGAGGCCUUCAAUCACCUAGAGCUGCACGAGCUGGCCCAGUAUGGCAUCAUUUAGUCAGAUCCCUGCUAUGUGAGCCCUGGGGAAGAAACCUGCUGAAGACUCCCUCCCCCCUCUGCAAACCCUGUCCAGGACCCAAACCUGAGCCUGAGUCCCUAGCCAGGUUACCAUGGCCUCCCCCGGGACAAUCUCAGGCCCUGACACCAGCUACUGAGAGCCUACAGCCUCCCACAGGAUACCCUGUUGACCUGAAGUCACUGGUCAGCAGAAAGAAGGGAGUGGGACCCAGCCCCACUUCCUGUCCUUUUUGUGGCUGUAAUGCAGGGCUCCCCUUUGUUCCCCUGAACUGCCUUCUGAGGGUGAGAAAGUUCCUCUGUCUUGUAGCCCUUCCAGAUGGGUGUCUUGGGGUGGGACACUGUCCUGGGGUGAGGUGGCAAGAGAGACUAAGCUACUCCAUCCGUUAUAACAACCUUCCCAACAUACUCUUGUCCCUUGUCCCUAUUUCAAAAUAAAGUCAGCAUGUCCUUGCA